AUGGGGGCUUUUGCGAGCAGACAAAACAUAGGCGUGGAAGAAGUGGAUAUUCCGUCCAAUUCGGUGUACCGUUACCCACCGAAAUCCGGAAGUUACUUCGCCAGCCACUUCAUCAUGGGUGGAGAGAAGUUUGACUCAACUCACCCAGAAGGUUACCUGUUCGGAGAAAAUACUGACCUUAACUUCCUUGGGACCAGACCAGUAGCGUUCCCAUACGCAGCCCCCCCACCUCAGGAACCGGUGAAGACGCUACGCAGCCUUAUAAACAUCCGCAAGGACACACUGCGGCUUGUACGGUGUAGCGAGGACCUAAAGUUGCCAGGCGAUGACGAGGCGGGCAAGCAGCGGGCCUGCUACAAUGUUGAGUUCACCUUCGACGCCGACACGCCGGUUGCCAUCACCAUUUACUACCAGGCUAUUGAGGAGUUUCACAACGGCGUGCCAGUCUACCUGCCCCAGGACAGCUCUCUGCAGUCAGAGACGGUGCACUUCAAGAGAGGAGUGAGCCAACAGUUCUGUUUGCCAUCGCACACUGUCAACCUUAGCGAGUGGGCGGAUGAGGAGCUGCUAUUUGACGCGGACAGGGAGAUCUUCCCAAUGGUUGUGCAGGCCGUGGUCGACGAAGGUGACGAACAUCUGGGCCACUCUCACAUACUGCUAGCCACGUUUGAAAAGCACAUGGACGGCAGUUACUGUGUGAAGCCUCUGAAGCAGAAACAAGUGGUGGAUGGAGUAAGUUAUCUACUGCAAGAGAUCUACGGAAUAGAGAACAAGUAUAACAGCCAAGAAUCAAAGGUUGCCGAUGACGAAAUCAGUGACAAUAGCGCCGAGUGCGUGGUGUGUCUUUCGGACGUGCGCGACACACUUAUCCUGCCGUGCAGACACCUGUGUCUGUGCAACGCCUGUGCCGACACGCUACGCUAUCAAGCCAACUGCUGCCCCAUCUGCAGACUGCCUUUUAGAGCUCUGCUGCAGAUCCGUGCUAUGAGGAAGAAACUCAGUCCUUUGACGCCAACCAGCUUUAACCCUGUAAUCACUUCGCAGACGUCGGACUCGGAGGAACACUCGGCGUCCGAACACAUCCCCCCAGGUUACGAGGCUGUGUCCCUACUUGAAGCACUCAACGGCCCCCUGGCCACAUCCUCCGUAACACCUCCUCUCCACUCCGGUCCCAGUCACGUAACUGGUGCUCUGCCGCCAUAUGGAAGUGAAGCCCACCCGGCGGCGGCUCGCUCCCUCUCCCCACUCGAUCAUUCCAACUCAAGUCAGGGGCUUAAACUCAAGAAAAGUGGUUCAAAGUCUCUUUCCCAGAAUUCCUCAGUGCUUCCCGAGGAGGAAGAUGAGAAGUCUUGCAGUGAAUUAGAGGCCCGUCGCCACAAACUCGCGGUGGAGCCGCAGGAGUGUGGAGUCACGCCAGAUAGUGAAAACCUAACUCUCUCCUCUUCCGGGGCUAUCGACCAGUCGCCGUGCACUGGAACGCCACUCUCUUCCACUAUAACUUCCCCUGAAGACCCAGUGAGCAGCAGCCUGGCCCAGUCAGUGAUGUCCAUGGCCUCGUCCCACUCGCAGCACUCCCACAUCAGCACUGACACCAUGUCCUCCAUGUCAGGGUCCUACCUGGCUGGGGCGGACGGCGAGCCCGGGGGGGGCCAAGAUGGGGUUGACGCGCAGGGAGAGGAGACCCGGGACGCCCCCAUGGAGAGUCGAGGACCUAGCCAGAUUGAAGGGGAGUCAAUAGAACUAAACUACUCUGUUGCUGUCGAGGAGCAGGACUCAGAGGGGAACGAUGUCACAGAAGAAGACCGCUCCUCGCCAUCGAAUGGCAAAGGUGGGCGGAGCAGGUGUCCCGAGUUGGCCAAUAACAAUCAGGGCGUGGCCCUGUGUGACACGCCCUCUUUGGGCUUGGACAAUGAACAGGCUCCCGACGGCCGAUUCGCCGAUCUGAUGUACCUCGGCGACUACAGGCCCGUUUUAGACUCCACCAGCAACCGGGAGGAGCAGGGAUUAGAGAACCGGGAGGGUCAAAAUCCCAAACACCCCCACCGUGGACCCCUCAUUGUGUAG